AUGUCGGAAGGGCGAGCCAGAGUCAUAUCCACUGAGCCUCUCGCCGCCAGCGAGGCGGUGUGGACAAAGCUGGUCAAAAAAACAUAUAAAGACCCCAACGGGGUAACGCGGACAUGGGAGUCCGCCGAGCGAACCACUCGGCCGAAGAACAGCGAUAUCGACGGCGUCGGCAUCGUCGCCAUCUUGGAGAAGGAGACAGGGCCCGAGAUUGUCCUCCAGAAGCAGUACCGUCCGCCGUUGGACAAGAUCGUCAUUGAGCUGCCUGCAGGCCUCAUCGACGAGGGAGAGACGGCCGAGCAGGCGGCGGUCCGGGAGCUCAAGGAGGAGACGGGAUACGUGGCCGAGCCCCUCGAGACGUCGCCCGUCAUGUUCAACGAUCCCGGAUUUUGCAACACCAAUCUCCGCAUGGUCCACGUCACGGUGGACAUGAGCCUGCCGGCGAACCAAGAUCUCAAGCCCGAGCUCGAGGAAAACGAGUUCAUUGAGGUGUUUCACGUCAAGCUCGCGGACUUGUGGAGCGCGUGCAUCAAGCUCGAGGCCGAAGGGUACGCUAUCGACGCACGGAUAGCCAACCUCGCCGAGGGUAUCGAGAUCGCCAAGAAGUUCAAGCUUUAA